AUGGCUGAUCCUCCGCCCAAAUACGUCUCGAUCGCCCCGCUGCUGAAAAAGCUGUCGGCCCCGUCACCCCAGGACAACAGCGUCAAGGCCGAGGACAUUGCGCUGGCCUUCUCCCGCACGUUCGAAAACGAACUGAACCCCACGCAGCUCGCGGCGCUGCUGACGCUCCUGCACUCGACGGGCAAGGACCGGCAUCCGGACGUGAUUGCGAAAUGCGCAGAGAGCAUGCGCGACGCCGCCGUGCAGGUGGACAAGCAAAAACUGAGAGAGGUAGUGCGGAAGAGGAAGCGCGGCCGUAUGGGUCUGGGCGGGUACAGGGGUGGGCUGUGCGACAUCGUGGGCACGGGCGGAGAUUCGCAUUCGACAUUCAACAUCUCGACCACGGCGUCGAUCAUCGCGUCGCCGAUCCUGAUGAUGGCCAAGCACGGCAACCGGGCGCAGACAUCCAUGUCUGGGUCGGCGGAUGUGCUCAAUGCGAUCCUGCCCAAGGCGCCGAGGAUAGAAGCGCUGAGCGCGGAGCUGUUGCCCGGGGCGUACGAACAUACGAAUUACACGUUCCUCUACGCGCCGAAUUUCCACCCGGGCAUGAAAUAUGCCGCGACCGUGCGGAGAGAACUCGGACUGAGGACAAUCUUCAAUCUGAUGGGCCCGCUCGCCAACCCCGUCGAGGCGCACAUUGAAGCUCGGGUCGUGGGCGUCGCGUAUCAAGAGCUGGGUCCCGUCUUUGCGCAGGCGCUGCAGUUGUCCGGUGCGACCAAGGCGCUCGUGGUUUGCGGACAGGAAGACCUCGACGAGAUCAGUUGCGCGGGCAAGACGAAUUGCUGGUUGCUACGAGAAGCCGAGAAUCCAGAGUACCGGGGCUCUCGCGACGACGAGGACGAUGAGACCAGCGACGACGAGGCCCCGCCCAAGUACAUUUCAAAGGUGGAGCGGUUCGAGCUCGAGCCCGCCGACUUUGGCUUGCCCACGCACCCGCUGUCGCAGGUGGGCGGUGGUGGGCUGCCGCGGCAAAACGCUGCCGUGUUGAUGAGCAUUCUGCGCAACGAGAGACCCCGCGACGACCCGAUCCUGCACUUUGUGCUGAUGAACAUUGCGGCGUUGCUGGUGGUGAGCGGCGCCUGUGACGCCGAUAGCUGUGAGAGUGGGCCGGUCAUCACGGAACGAGGUCCCGCGGGCGGGAGAUGGAAAGAAGGCGUCAAGAAGGCCAGGUGGUGCAUAGAAAGCGGGCGGGCUCUGGAGGAAUUCGAAAAAUUCAUAGAGUUCACCAACAGGCCGUAG